GUCAGAGUCUUUUAAAAGAGCUUGUCACCUCCGGUGCAGGCACGGCUCCGGUUGGUGUCGGUUUCACCGCGUAUGAAUCUGAUUCAUCAGAAUGCCCAGACUGGCGCUUCUGUGGAGCUGCCCCAGGCUGUGGAAGUACGUCGCUCUGCCAAGCUGCUCCCGAGGAGCUUUUGCUUCAUUUUGAACGGGAGCAUUCCAUCAGUUUCACAACACGUAGGCAGAUCUGGAACAUUUAUUAACCGAUCCCCAUUGAGGAAAGCAAUUCAUUGGAAGGGCAAUAGCAGGAAAACGACCCGCCGCAUAGAGGGACCGGGCUAGGAGCAUCGGGAGGAGCAGGCAAGGGGAAAGAGUACCCCCCACCCACUCCCCCCGACCAGCAACACUUGUUAGCCUUGCCCUCGAGCCGCUGAGCGUUUGAUGGAGUUCCUGCAGAGCCGGGGGGACUACUGCCACGCCCAACAUCCCAGCGCUUGAGUCCGGGGCAGGGGAUGUCCAGCGCAGUGUCCUGCACCGACACCUGAACGCCAAGAGGAGACACUUGAUAAUACUGAUGGGUUAACAGGCUUUGGCACAGGCUAGCACACGCCAACGGACAGCGCUCCCCUGUCCCACCCCCUGUCCCCCCCCCGGACCUGUGGCACACACAGAGGGACUUGCCAGGGCCGCAGGCAGGGUCUUCCAGAGGCAAAGGCACUUGUUUUCCAUUUAUUUAAUCAUAUGUAAUUUUUCUUUUUGAAGGUGAAAGUAAAAGCAAAAAAAAAAGUGUAGGGACUCUGGUGGUGCCUGAGAAGUGAGUGCAUGUCCCUAUUGGAGGGGUGCGGCGAUUUUGUUUUGCAAGCCGUUCCCUGCUGCGUGUGACUUCUCUGAACUCAUCAUGGCAAGGAUGAACCGGCCCGCUCCUGUGGAGGUCUGUUACAAGAACAUGCGCUUCCUCAUCACACACAACCCUACCAACUCCACUCUCAGCACCUUUAUCGAGGAUCUGAAGAAGUAUGGGGUGACCACAGUGGUCAGGGUGUGUGAGGUCACCUAUGACAAAACGCCGCUGGAGAAGGACGGCAUCACGGUCAUGGACUGGCCCUUUGAUGACGGAGCGCCGCCGCCCACUAAGAUAGUGGAAGACUGGCUGAAUCUGCUGAAGAGCAAGUUCUACGAGGACCCAGGCUGCUGUGUGGCUGUGCACUGCGUGGCAGGCCUUGGACGGGCUCCUGUCCUGGUGGCCUUGGCCCUCAUUGAGAGUGGGAUGAAAUACGAGGACGCCAUUCAGUUCAUCAGGCAGAAGCGCCGUGGGGCAAUCAACAGCAAGCAGCUGACCUACCUGGAGAAAUACCGUCCGAAACAGAGACUGCGCUUCAAGGACCCGCACAACCACAAGAACAAGUGCUGCAUUAUGUAACCCCCUUUCCCCCGCCCAGAGUCACACACCCAAAUGGACUGACCCCUUGCAUUCAGAUGCGAGAAGCUUGCUCACUCCGUCUCUCCUUCAGAGGAAGACUCCUCUUUUUAGAACUCCUACCAAGCUCAGGGCUGGCCGAGGCAAGCCCCUCGAACAUAGUGUUUGCAGUUUUAAAUCCCGAGCAGCUCUGGCUAACCGCGUAGUAUGAGAAAGACGAGCUGCACAGCCAGGUGGCGCUCAAGCGCGCGGUUUAGAAUCUCUUGGGUGCCCACACUGACCCCCUGACCCCUGGCUAGGUCCGUUGCCCUGGCAUCACUCUGAAUCUGUGCACUGCCUCUUGGCACACUCACCUCCCUAAAGACAAGUGAUGCCAUUGGUGGGCUGGCACACCUCUGCAGAUGGUAAAACUCCCCACCAGCGUGGACACGAGUGUGAAAUCGUGAAACAGUCAUAUUCUUGAUCUGUGUGCAUUUUGAACCAUGCACAGUUUGUCCUCGGAUCUCUGUAUUUUUCUCUCGUUUUCUGUUCUCCCUGUUUUUCUGUUAUUUUCUAUGUUGUCACGCCGUAUGUACCACUAGAAUCAGAGGGAGGGGAAGGAAGGGGAGGGGGGUUCUGCUUUUAAUAGAAUUUUGGGUUUUUUUGUUUUUUUUUUUUACAUUGUUUGAUAUAUAUACAGCUGCUCGCUGGGUAGGGGAAAUCUUGUAUGACGAAGCAGGGGAAGUGGGUGGUCAGGUGACACACCUCAGUUCUUCAUUGGCUGUGAACCCCACCCCGACUGUUCUGAGAGUUUGGCAAAGCUCCACUUCUCUCUGUCCCUGUGGACAAUCCAAGGGUAUGGCAAGGUACCGAAGGAAAGGUCCUGGCCACAGCCCGGAUUUGGAUUUGCUCGUGGUUAAUGAUAUGUGAGAAUUAAAUGUUUAAAAUAUGGACUGUUCUGCAGGUGGGCGUGUGUACGUGUAUGUGUAUGUAUGUAUGAAUGUGUGUGUGUGUGUGUCACGUAGAAGUGUUUGAAUAAAUAAUA